AUGGCCUUGGAAGAGGGGGACCCCAAUGCCCUGAAGCGCAAUGUGCUGCACCUACUGCUCAGGAACCCCCUGGGACUCAAUUUUGGGGACUUUGCUGGGGCCUUUCACCGGCUGCAUGGCUACCAGCUUCAAAUCACUCGUCAUGGGUACAGCUCGCUCAAGCAGUUUCUGGCUGAAAUGAAGGACUUUGUGGUUGUGGAAGAUGGUGACUCACAGGUCCCAGUCAUAAAGCUAGCGAAUGGAUUCCAUCCUGGCCAAUGGGCUGAAGGAAGAGAGAAUGGGGUGGACAUCUCUGAAGGGCCAGCUUUGAGGUCAACAGAUGAAGAAGACCCUGGAGGAGAAACGGGUAAAUGUAUACCUUACGUAUUAAAACCAUUAUUUAUUAAGCUUAUUAGUCACUUCUUUAACAACACAAAAGUAACUCAAAGCGGCUUACGGCAAUAAAUAGCAUGCACAUUAAAACCAGCUCCAAACAAAACAGAAAAAUCCAAGUCUGUGUUGUUGGAGACUGGCAGCCAAAUUUAAUUCUCCAAUACAAAUAUUAGCUGUCUUUCUGAGUUAAUAAGUAAAUACAAUUCUGGUUGGCCCUAGAACUCACAUCUGCACUAAAACUCAUCCAUGGAGGAACGUGGGAAGCUCAGUAUCAUCCAAACUUGGGCUGCAAAAUCUUCCAUGAAAGAUAGAUUCAGACAACCAAAUACAGUACAACGUUGCUGGAUGAGAAUUGGCAAUGUCCAGGAGACUUUUAAGGUAGUGCUGAGGAGCCUUAAUGCUGAGACUCAAAUAAGGAUGUGGGCAAUUUGUUCUUAGCUUUCAGGAUAGGGUUCCUGAGCCUAGGUACUGCCAUAGCAGCGUUCCAAGCAUUGCGGAGGUGGCAUAGAGGGGGAAGAGGGGGCUGGGGAGAAGCUUUCUGUCUAGCCUUUUUGCCAGUGGCAACAGUUACCACUUUCGUGAGGUAAUGGAGUUUGGGGGAUUAUAUGUGAAUGGGUGUGGAAGGGUGUAGCAGCAGCAGACAGGUAAGUGAAUGGGAGGGGGGACAUGGAAUAGACUGGAGCCAGAGGGGAAUGGUUAUAGUGCUUAGCUCAUUUUAAGGUUGAGCAUUCUGGGUUCUUAAGGAUGUCUUUCUAAAAAUAAGUGAGUUGAGAUCUGGAUUGCUCUGCAUCAUAUCACUGUCUGAAGGAAUUUUGAUUUGCAAUCUGCAUUGUUUGGCAGCUCUGGCAGGAGUCUUGGGGUUGCUCUUCAGUCUUCUAAAGAGGUACCACUCGGGUUUGAGGAUUAAGAAACUACAGAAAUUGUUUCUUGCUAGUGCUGGAAUUGACCUAGAGAAGCUCAGCGUUCGUCAAGGCUACGCAGACACACUGGAAUUUUUGGAACAGCGAAUGCCGAAUUUAAACAUCACAUACCAACAGAACAGACUCAACUGCGUGGUUCAGCUUUUUGAAGGUACAAGGCAAGAAGCUGAAUUUGAAUUUUUUUUUGGUGGGGAGAGAUGGGGUUGCUUCUGAUCUUCUCCAUAAUUAAUACAUUAAAAAACCAACUUGGGGGGUCGCAGUUGAAAGUUUUGACUGCCCACUUCAUGUAAGAUCCAGCCAGGUUUGAUAUUAGCAGGGCACCAGGCACAUUUUGCGCCUAAAGAUUCUUCAUUUGCAAACAGCUCCAAAAGUCUGGGUAACAUUUCUUGUGCCUGGCUGACACUCAAGGAUUAUUAAAAUGAAUGUGCUUUAAAGCCUUGGAAGUAUAUGUUUAAAGAGACAAUAUGUUAACAAUAAAGAGUAGAGUGUUUUGAAAACUAAAGUAUGGUACCAAUAUUGUAAACAGCAAAUUAAACAUGUACAGUAUUAACAAUUUAUGCUAAAAAUGUGAUAUUAACAAUGUGUCACUUAUGUGAAUUGCGUAUUAAUUGAUGCUUAUCAAAUUAAUAAAUAAAAAGUGUUGCCGACUCCCCCCCUCCCCCGUGGUGACUAGACAUUCUGUUUUGGUCGCCCACAAUCCAGGCCCCAGAAGCCAUUUGGCUCCUAGCUUUCCUAUCCCAUUUUCUAACACUGGAUCCAGCAUAAGCUCAGUAAGCCAGGUUAAGGAAGCUGUGGCCCUCUAGAUAUGGUUGGACUUCCAGCUCUCAGCAACCCAGCCAGCAGGACUGAUGGCCAUAAAAUAAUGAGAAUUGUAGUCCAGCGACACCUGGAAGGCCACAGAUUUUUCUACCCUCAAUUUAGUAUAAUGUCCUGUUUCACAUCUUGGCCUACCAGGUGUUUUUAGGAAGCCCAUGAACAGGUUAUGAAGGCAGUAGCCCUUUUCAGAUGUUGACAGUUCCCCUCCCUCACCCACAACUGGUAUUUAGAGGUAUAGCACUUCUAAACCUUUAGGUUCGGUUUAGUUUUCUAGUUAAUAGCUGUCUACUUGAAUUUGUAUUACCCUUUCCUUUAACUAUCACCAUCCUGCUUCCUUGAGAGCUGUGUGUUAACCACAACACAGACAAACAAUUUAAAAUCUGAGGGGGUGGUUCCGGAAGUUGCUGUGUUGGAUUUCCCCAUCCAUGUUGUUAUUGUCCAAGAUUACAGCACUUACUGAUGCAGAAUUCAUCCCCACUCCGAAGAUUUAUUAAGUGGAGUGAAGCCAUAUUAUGAAAACUUGUUGCUGUUAUUUGUAGUCCAGUCAAUGUACACUUUACAGAGUUUCUUAAGCAAUAAUUAUAGCUCCCUGUCCCAGAGAGUUCACAGGUUACAUUUUUGUUAAGGACAAGAGACAAAGAGGGAAGAGGCCAGACUAACAGAGUGAAAUGUGAAGGAAACUCAAAAGUAGAACUAAGGAGUCUUAGAACUGAGACGCUGAAUACUAGGCCUUGACCGUUCAGCAUGUCAUGAUUAAAAGAGUGCUCUGAGCGUUAUAUUGAGUACUCUUUUCUCCACUGAGAACAAAUUCCUGUGGCUCAAAAUUUGCUUCCCUGUUUCCAGUUAUUACGCAGAUGCUGAGAAACUGAUUCUGAAACUGAUUCCUGACUGAUUUGAUUUUUCUCUUAUAGAUCCCUCUGCACCUUUUUCUUCUGUCAUUACCGAGAACCUUGUGGAAGAACCAGCAAGCCAGACACCAGGUAAAACAGUGAGCUGCUUUUUUUCUCUUUUUUUUCCAAAUAAAUUUUUAUUGUUUUCAACAUGUAAUUCUUUUUCCAACAAUCCUUAUUGUCACAUUAUAAUCCCUUUGACUCUGCUGAGUCCUGACUUUCCUCCUGACCACUGGUAUAUACAUCACAUACUUUUUGCGUAUAUUAUUGUCAUAACUCUACUCUUUUACAUUGGAGGUGUUAUUCCAGUCCUGCUAGUGUCUUAAUAUUUUUGUUGUUCUCCUUUAUAUAUUCAAUAAAUUUAUUCCAAUUGUUAUUGUAUCUCUGGUCCUCUUGGUCCCGGAUCCUUCCUGUCAAUUUGGUAAGUUCCGCAAAAUCUAUCAUCUUCACCUGCCACUUCUAGAUGUUUGGUAAAUCUUGUGUUUUCCAUCUUUGGGCCAGUAAAGUUCUUGCGGCAGCUGUGGCAUGCAUGAACGAGUUCUGGUCUUUUAUUUUAAUUUCUUUUCCCACCAGACCUAGCAAAAAUGCCUCUGGUCUUUUAGGAAAAGUAUACUUAAAUAUCUUUUUAAGUUCAUUAUAGAUUAACUCCCAGAAUCUUUUUACCUUGCCACAAGUCCACCACAUAUGAAAGUAAUCUCCAUCUAUUUCCCUACAUUUCCAACAUUUUCUGUCUCUUUUCCUAUACAUUUUAGCUAAUUUUAUUGGCGUCAAAUGCCAUCUCUACAUCAUUUUUAAUACAUUCUCCUUUAAAGCCAUACAUCCUGUAAAUGAGCUGCUUUAAGUAAUGUUGCUGUGUGUGUAAGCGACAAAUGACUUACACUUGGCAGGAGACUGGAUCGUAUGUCCUGUGGUUCCUAGGCCAUGGCUUCAAUCUCUGAUUCUGCAAUAGUUCCAUCAAACUCCUUGCUAAAAGCAAGUUCCUGAACUCAUUGUUGUUCACGGGGUAUCCAUUAUAGGUUUCUUUCUAGCCAAGCCUUUCUGCUUACCACACCUGCAGAAUCCUGAAAGUGCCGUCAUAGUGCAGGGUACAAUAGACAUGAGAAGUGAAUCCACUGCUUUCAUUUCAGAUCUGUCAGCUGCCUUGGUGCCAAUCCGGGCCGUCCUUGAAUGCCAUACUAAGGGUCUGAAGGUGAAGAACCUGAAAAAGGCCCUGCUAGAGAAUUGUGGAUUUGACCUGGAGAUGUUCCGCCGUGAUCUGGGCUACAAAGACACGGUGUCCUGCCUGCAGGAUAUUCCUGGUCUGAUUCUCAGAAACAGCAAUAGGACUCGGAAUUGCGUCAUCCAGCUCGAAUCGCGUAAGGCAAAGAUUGAAAUGUUAUCACUUGUGAGUUCAACACAUACCCCAAUUCUGUGACUGUUUUAGAGUGCCAGCCUCAUUGUUGGCCUGGGCAAGGGUGUAUGAAUUGGCUUCAGGGAGAGUACAAGGGCAAGGCUGGGCUCGGUAAGAUAGUCUUCAGAAGUAACAGCAAUGAGGUAGGUUUUGUCACAUGAGGCUCUCCAGUCUCCAGGUGUAGUGCUUAAGAGCGAUAGAUCUGUAAUCUGGGGAACCGGGUUCGCGUCUCCGCUCCUCCACAUGCAGCUGCUGGGUGACCUUGGGCUAGUCACACUUCUUUGAAGUCUCUCAGCCCCGUUCACCUCACAGAGUGUUUGUUGUGGGGGAGGAAGGGAAAGGAGAAUGUUAGCCGCUUUGAGACUCCUUCGGGUAGUGAUAAAGUGGGAUAUCAAAUCCAAACUCUUCUUCUCUUCUCCAGUCUGCCUGGUAUUUUGGCUGUCUCAUAUGCCUUCUUUUUCUUUCUGCAAUUCCCAUCUUUUAACCUGGGCUCACUGGUGAUGUGCAAGCUGGAUUUCUCUCUUGAUAAGCAAAGAACUACCUGUAAAGCCUGCAGAUAGUGUGCAGGCCGUGACACGUGAUUGGCUUAUGUCAUGUUACUCUGAACACAGAAGGUAUGUUUCAUAACCUGUCUCUUUAUGUCAUGUCCCAGGUCCCUCUAGCUCAGCUCCUUCCUUGGACUCGGAUUUUUCUGUAUGCAGCUCACAUACCACAAGUGAUGGGCUAAUGAUAAAUAACUCCGGUAAGGCUGCCUAGGAAUUCUGGAUGCACAGCUGUAUCUACACUUGAUCCAUUAAUUGCUCUGUGGGUACUAAAGCCCCAUAUGGGGCCAAAGAUAGACUCUGGUGCCCUUCAAAAGCAGUUAGUUUGAAAGGACUGAGUUGAAUGUGUGUGGGGGGGAGGCAUGCAGCUGACCUAUGCAGGGAGGACUCUCCCCCCCCCCCCAUACACAGACACUUCAAAUCUUUGCUUGAAGAUUUUCAAAAAGCUGGAUGCUAGAUAGUCUGCCAUAGAUCGCAUUAGUAUAUGGCGGUCCCAAGAAAAUGUAACAGAAAAAUGCCUGACCUGCAAAAUAGCCUGGGAGGUGGUUGGGGAACAAUACUCAAGGCUGCAGCUCCCUGACCUGUCAGGAGUAUCCCACCUUUUCAAUGACAGGAGUUGUUGUUGAUGUGGCCCUUUCUGCCAAAUGUGAUCAGAGACUUCCUUUUCAGUUUCUCAGUUCAGUUAAGGUUUGAACAGUGGCUUACUGCUCAUGGUUUAUCAAGGGGAGCUAAACUAUAGGCCUACGUGUGACCACUUUCAUCCUCACUCUGUCCCAUGGCCUGCUGCCGUGUUUAAAUCUGUUGGGUCCCUAUUCUUUUCUUCAAGACCCACCUCAGCAAUACCUUUGUUUUCUCCUCUGGUAGGUUCCCCUAGCCCUGUUCCCUCGCUUGAUGCUGGUUUCUCUGCCUGCAACUCAAAUUCUGUGCCCCAGACGCUGAUGGGAAAGAAGUCUGGUAAGUUUUUGUUUUGAACCCUGAGGUUUUUUUGGUGCUGCAGGUAGCAUCUGGAAUGUGGUACAUGGGUGGCUUGUCCUCUUCAUUUUGAAUUGUGACUCCACUCAACCCCAACCACCACUCCACCUAUGCUUAAUCUUAUCCCCACUACUUCAAUCCCAUGUCUGUUUAAUGUAGAUCUUAAGCACUCUAAGUGUGGAUAGGUACUUUGCUUCUCUUCAUGCAACUCCUAGUUUACAGAGGGAAUUCCAGAAAUUGGAGCAACCUGAAACAUGGCGUCUCAAAAUGGCCACCCUGUUGGGGGAAGACUUGGCGCCAAUAGUCAAGCACUUGGGAGUUUUUCCUAUCAGAGGAGACAUACAGAUAUACCCGCCUGGGGGUAAACACCUCCAUGUUAGAGAUGUAACAAGUCUCCCGUUUCAGGUAUGUCUCUAGGGCUCUGCCUUUUCUAGCCCAUUGCAGCUUUCAGUCAAAUUACCUCUCAGAGAUGCGACUCUUAGCACAUGACUCUGGGCCAUUUUUGAAAACCCGAGGCAACAGAUGAAGCACUUUCAGCAGUGGGGAACUCCAGACUCUGAUGGGUCUACGGUGCCUUUCCCACCCAGGAUACCUAACUAAGCUUCAGUUAGGGAGACAAAGUUGCCUGAUCCAUUCCACCUCCACCCCUGAAAAGCCCAAGUAUCAGCCAGAGCUCCUCAAAAGCACUGACGCUGCAGAGCAGGUAGCAUAGAAUAGGAGGGCUGUUAUUUUUCCAGUUGCUAGAGGUGAGCAUUAUGAGGCUAGUCUGUAUACGAUGUCUGUUGGGGCAACUGGGAGGAGUCUUCCACUUCUGUCCACUUGAUGAGAAGGGGGACUGCAUUCUCCAUUCUCUAUACCGAGUACAGCUACGUAGUAGCUAUAGAGAACUAGUGUAGGAUGACAAUUGGCAGCCUAAGCAAAUCUCACCCUGGCCAUGUGUUAACUAAGUGUCCUGCAGCCUAAGUUUCUUGCAGCCUGAGCCCCAAUUCUCCAAUGUGGAGAUAAGUAGUAUCGACAUGACUUUCACCAGGUUGAAAUAGUACAUCCUUCCUUUUCAGACCUGGCUGCUGUCUUGGUGCCAAUCCUCAAUGUUCUUGGAAACCAUCCCGCUGGUCUGAAUAUAAAGACACUGAAGGAAAACCUAGAGAAGAAGCAUGGGUUUGACCUAGAGACUUUCAGCCAAGAUUUGGGGUAUAAAGAUGUAAUGUCUUGCCUCCUGGAUGUGCCGGGCCUUCGCUACUCUUUCACAAAUGGCAAGUGGCCCGACAACUGUGUGGUUCAACUUCUCUCCGGUAGUCUUGGCCUCCCCCCUGCCUCAUUCGGUGCAGGUCCCUCUUUGGAUAAAUCUCCAUCUUCCAAAGAAUCAAACACCCUGUCUCAAGACUUAAAGGAAACAAAGCCAGGUGAGAUGUCUCUGUGAUGGUGAGGCCUAAUAACAUGUUCCUUUAAAAAAACCCAAACCACAGACAUUUUAAAGUUUGUGGUAUGGUUGCCAUACGUCCGGGAAAUCCUGGACAUGUCCUCUUUUGGGGGACCAACAUGCCUAUCUGGGGGGAUUUUUACAUUUCAAAGGAAAUGUAUAGUUUUUUUGGUGGGGGUAUUUUUAUUUUAUUUUGGGGUUUGUGUGGCUUGGGCACAGGCUGCUCCGCAUGCCACAGCUGCUGCCAGCCUGAGUAGGGAAAGAGGCGCAUGGGCGGCCCUACGCACCUAUUUGCCUGGCUUGGGCUGUCCUCUUUUUUGCUCUUCAAGAUAUGGCAACCCUAGUUCUUUGGAGCUUACGUAUUGUAUAUUGUAGUCACGCUCAUAACUUUCUGUAAAUUGCUGUUAUACUGAUUCCAAGGGUUUCUUUGCUUUUUUUCUUUCUGGCCAAACUGUGACUAACUUCCUUUAUAUCCCACUCUAUAUCUUACUAACUUGAUAUCACACCUUUCCUCCAGGGAGCUUAAGGUGUCAUGGUUCUCUUCCUUCCCACUUGUAUCAUCACAACAACCCUGUGAGGUAGGUUAGGCUGAGAGAUUGUGACUGAGAGGGAUUUGAACCCAGGUCUCCCAAGUCCAACACCCUGGGUCCAGGUGCAGAAGGAGACGGCAUGGGACCAAACUGGCAUAUUUCUAUCAAAUGGUGUGGUUUUUUUUUUGAAAUUUGAAAAAAGCAGAAAAAUUGGAUUUCCUUCUUCCUUUCUCUUCCAGCUUCCUGCCCUUCCACUGUGCCCCGGUCCUGUGCUUCUGUCCCCUUAAACAUGCAACGGCCUGCUGGGAAAUCAAAACCCGUGAACCAAAAUGUGCUAAAAAAAAAGCCUGGUAAGACUGCAUUUAACUCUGGAGGAUUCUGGGUCCAGGUGCAGAAGGAGCACAGAGGCCUGACAGAGGGAUUGGGAGUGUAAAGGCCAGCUAGAGUAUUUGUAUCACAUUCACCAUUGAUUUGUAUGCCUUGGUAUUGGGUAAAGUAUCUCUGCAGUCGUGGGACUUGCUUCUGUGUUCUGUUCAUAUUGGUGUUUGUGCAGGAUCACAAUUGUGAAUACAGUCCCAGGCAUGUUUAUUCAGAAAUAGAUACUUUCUGCUUACUCUUGCAACCGUAAAGACUAAAAACCUUUUGCGUUGUUAGUUGUAAGAUUCCCCAUGCUUUAUAGAAUCAUAGAAUCCGUGGUACACACUGUUCUGGCUUGAUUUACUGGUGAAGUAGACUACGGUCAAACCUUGGUUCCCAAACAGCUUUGUUGCCAAACAAAUUGGUUCCUCAAUGCCGCAAACCUGGUAGUAGGUUUUCCAGUUUGCGAACAUUUUGUUGGAAACUGAACGUCCGACAUGGCUUCCAUUUGAGUGCAGGAAUCUUCUGCAGCCAAUUGGAAGCUGCACUUUGGUUUUUGAACAGUUUCAGGAGUUGAACAGACUCCCAAAAUGGAUUAAGUUCAAGAACCGAAGUACCAUUGUAGUCAGAAUGCCAGAGUAGGAUUGGGGAGUCCCAGGUUCAUUUCCCCACCCAGUCAUGAAACUCACUGUGUGACUUUGUUCAAUUUCUCAGCCUUACAGUAACUGUGACCUCACAAGGUUCCUGUAAGGUUGAAAAUGGUGAGAGAUCCUUGGGAGAUUUAGUUAUUCUUGGAGUUGUUGGCAUCCAUCUGUCUCGAGAGACAACAGAGUGCACCUCAAGCCUGGGCAGUGUGUAUGGAGGUCCUGGGAUACCCAGAUGACAAGAUCCCCACCCCCUUGGCCUUGCUAAUAUGGUCCAUAGGAAAGCAGAGCAAAACGUUUGACACCAGCUUGGUUGCAGGAGUUGCCAGAAUGAAGCACAAACGACGCCAUCCAACCAUCUUAGCGACUCCAGAUUUGUGUAGGGUUUACUCCUUAGCCUUUUCUUCUCCCUGAAAUCAAUGGCACAGGUCUGAUGAUGGCUUAGUCCUUCAAUUGUAGAAGAAUAUUGGCCUCUUCCUGAUCGGUAACACUCCCAAAGUGUAUUGACAUUUUAAAGAAAACAUUGUGUUAAUAUUUGACUUGGUGCGCAGAUUUUUUCUGAGUUUUAUUUAAGAGGAUUAGAUUUCUCAAAGUAGUUUGUGACAUUUUAUAAAAUACAACCAAUAUGCCAGGAAUCCUAAGAACUAAAGUGAAAUAAAACAGCAAGCUUGGCUGGAGCAGGAGCAGCACCAUAUAUUUCUUCCCAGUUGCUUUUCCUUUGCCCCAUCUUUGCUUGCUGCUGCUACCUCACUCUAGUCUUCAUGCUAAUAUGUUUUUCCCCUCCUCUAGCUUCGCUGACAGAUGUCUUGGCAUUACUCACCAACCUCAUAAGCACAUACAGCGAAGGUCUGAGGGUUGAGAAAGUGCAGGAGCUCCUGCUGGCCAAGCAAAAAAUUGACCUGGAGAAGUUCAGCAUUGCCCAAGGCCACAAGGACACACUGGAGUUUUUGGAGCAUCAGAUGCCUAACUUGAACAUCAGAUACCGAGAGGACAGACUUAAAUGUGUUGUUUCGAUUGGAUCAGGUGAAUUUUGGAGGGGGAAAGACUGACUGCAACAUUCCACUCCCAUGUUGUCUGGGAUAGCCAGCACAGCUAGAUUGCAUUUUGGUUCCUGGUCUCAUAACCACCAAAUCUGAAUUCUUUCCUGAGCCAGAACCAAACAGGAAAUGAGACUCAAUGCUCCUUUGCUCUAAAGUUGCAUGCUUUCCUGGGACUUACUGAAUGUAGUGGGACUUCACAAUGCAAUUCAAAUGACGCAGAAGUACCGUAUUUUUCACUCUAUAGGGCGCACCUGACCAUAGGGCGCACCUAGUUUUCAGAGGGGGAAAUCAAGGAAAAAAAUAUGACACCCCCCCCAGCUCUGGGAGCAGCAGACAGGCUGCACGCAGCCUGUGCGCUUCUCCCAGACCUCCUCCCUGCUUUUGCGGGAGGUGGGGGAAUUCCCCCAUCUCCCGCAAAAGCCCACAGGAGGGAGAAGGGACUGACUCAGCCAGUCAGUCCCUUGUCCCUCCUUGGGGUGAAAAGCCCCCAAGAGCGGCGUGCUCUUUAAAGGGGCUGCGCGACGUCUCCUGGCUUUUCUGGGAGGUGGGGGGAUUCCCCCACCUCCCGCAGAAGCCGCACACUCUUUAAAUGGUGCGUGGCUCCUGUCGGCUUUUCUACGAGGUGGGAGAAGGGACUGAUGCGGCCAGUCAGUCCCUUCUCCCUCCUGGGGAAAAGCCCACAAGAGCCGCACAGAGCUUGUGUGCGGCUCUUGGGGGCUUUUCCUGCCUGCCUCCCCCCUGCAUUCGCUCCAUAGGAUGCACACACAUUUUCCCUUGAUGUUUAGGAGGGAAAAAGUGUGUCCUAUAGAGCGAAAAAUACAGUAAGUCUCAAGAAUUAUAUACCAUUGUGGCCAGGGGGUUUAUUUUUAAAAAACCAACAAAUUGCCAAAUGGUAUAUUAUUCCAUAAGCAGAUAUAUUAUUCCAAUAUCCUCUUCAGUCAUUAUCACCACCAGCAACUUACUUUUGCUCAUCUAUUCAUAGAAUUGAUUUAAUUUGUCAGCUUUGGUCAUCUGGGGAAAUAACGUCCUUCAAAUUGAACCAAUAAUCGUUAGCUCUCAGUUGGUCUCUCAGUUGCAUUGGGAAAGUCCUGUUUGUCUGAAAUCAGGCAUGAGUAAGCCUAACCUCAGGUUGUUAGGAAGGCUCCUGAAUCAACACUGCCCCCCCUUCUCCAACUUAGGAAAAAGCAAAAUGAAAAAGAAGCAGAAAAAGAAAACGGCGAAAUGUAAGUUGAAGUCAGAAAAGUCUGCAAUGCUACUGUCCAAUUCAGCAUAAUUUCUGCAUGUCUCCCAGUAAUGGCUAGUUCAUGGAACAACCACUUAAGUAUCUGUUCUGUGUUUCACCUCAAGCCUGGAUGUUUUUUCUUUUUGGGAUGUUUUUGGGUAACUUCUGGGUUUGGUCCAAUGCACGUGUGUGCGGUCGCACACUUAUUGGACAGGCGUAAACAGGUUGUGGCCUGUAUCUGAUUUUAGAUGCACAACUCUGCUGAGCCCUUCACUGGUCAUGGAAUCUUUUGGGUUGGAAGGAAACCAACCGCUUGUCAGUGCAGGAAAUCAACUACAGCAUUCCUGAUAAUGUGGCCAUCCAGCCUCUGCUUCAUUAGAGAAAGAGAAAUAUUACUGCUUGGACUAUGUAAACAUCCCUCCUGGUUAAUAUGACUAUUUCUGUCCCUCUCUUCUUGUUUAGGUCCUGGUGUUAAGACUGCCCCUCCUCUGCUUGUUGCCCCUGUGCCUCUCUUGCAUCCAGCAAAAGUGGUCCAGCAAGCAAACUGUGCACCAGGUAAAUCUCCAAGGUGACUCCUUUCUGUUCUCACCCAUGCAGGGAUGGUGAUGCAGGAGAACAAUAGUUUAAGUCACAGAGAGCACAGUUUGUACUGACAGACAAAUUGAGCUAACUUCCUAAGAUGGUUUACAGAGAUGAUUUAUUUUCUGUAGAUGGUAAGUAAUCUGGAAAUCCAUCUUGCUUGCUAGGGCAUGUGUUGACUGUUACGAGGUCUUCAAAAGAUGAAACAGUUGCCGCUUCCUAAUAAGUCUUAGUCAUCCUUAGACGUAGCACUAGCAUCAUUCUAUAAUGCUUAAAGAAUGGUUCCUUAACGACCAAAGGUCACCAUAAUUCACAUUAUUAUGGUGGUCAUUAAUGUGACCGCACAUAGUAAGAAAAUCUAGGCAGGAUGCAAGAUAUAAUUGGAUCCAGUCUAUGCAAGGAGAUCAAUGGGAUACUAUCUCAGAGUGGUAUUCAGGCAAGUUUUAUUCAGGGUAGAGCCAUGGAAAUUAAUGAUCACGACUAAGUUACAUCCAUUAAUUUCAGCGAGUCAGCUUUGAGUAAAACCACCGUCUCUAUGCAGCUGUCUCUAUGCCAUUUAAACUUACAGUGGACUUUCUUUUAAGGAUGGUUACAGCUGCCAUUCGGGUAUUGAAAGGGUUCUGUAAUAUAUUGGCAUUAAUCAGGGCACAGGGCAGGAUUCUGUUGUAGCUUGUAACUCAUUAAAAGGUUGCCAGAACAAACAAUUCUUAUUUGUUCCCUCCAUUUGUCUGGCUAGAACAAAUACAAUGCUUUUGCUCAUGGAUUCCUUUGUGGUAAAACUGUCCUUCUCAGAGUCUUAGCUGACCUUGGAACAUGGAGAUUCCAUAGGCAAAUAACAGAGAGAUGACAGAAGACAAAGGGGAAAACUAGGAAAUAGAUAGUUAACACAGUCAGGCGGACUAAGAUGCGCACAGUUCAACGGUUUGUUCAAAUUUCUUCACGUCAUUGAAUUUUUUGGCAACAUUGGAAGCUGUCCUCUACCAAGACUGAUCAUUUGGACCAUCUCGUUCAGUAUUGUCUACCGAUCCAUCAGUUCUCCAGGAUUUCAGGCAGGAGUAUUUUUCCAGGCUUCCUGAAGAUGCUGGGGAUUAUUAUUAUUAUACUGCCCUUCAUCCAAGGAUCACAGGGUGGGUUACAAUUUAAAAACACAAAUUCAGGAGUACCCAAUGUGGUGCCAUGCAUAUGUUUUGAGCUACAGCUCCCAUCAUCCCUGGCCAGCAGCAAAACUGGCUGGAUCUGACGGGAAUUGUAAUCCACAACAUCUGGAAAGCACUGAAUCCCUUCAGGGCUCCCAACUCUCUUGUAAACCUACCUGCGAAGGCUCUUCUUUGUGUGCUCCCAUCCUAUGAAGCAUCGCUGGUACCGACAAGCUUCUUUGGAGCAGCAUCAAAGCUGUGGAAUUUUCUCCCCUUCAGAAGUUCACCUUUCUCUUUAGUGACUUUUUGAUCCCAAGUCACAGCCGUUGUCUGCUCUUGUGCCUUGUGUUCUGAUUGGUGGUGUUGCUGAUACCAGCAGGGUGUCUUUAAAACCAUAUAGAUAGAUAUAUGUAGUACUACCUUGGGGGCUUGUGGCAGAGACAUGAGUUACAAAUAUUUUUUAACAAAUAAACAUCCUCUGUCGACUGACCCAGCAGUAAUGGCCUCCUUCUCUUUUUUCUUAGACUUUGGUGGCAUCUUUAAGCCUUCGUUCAACGUCUGCAAUCCCUCUGGAAAUAAAUCACAGAAUUGGAGCCCACCUGUUCCAGCUGCUUUUGUGUCUCCAGGAGUGCAGAACUGGCUCAACAACAGCAGCAUGCAUGUCCCAUCUGCCACUUUUCCAUUUUUUCCAUCCUCCCAGGAGCCUCAUGGUGCUUUGCCAGGCAAGGCCAAGAGUUCCUUCCAGCCUCCCACUGGCAUUCUUCCACAUCACCUCCCUCCCUCCAGCAUUCUUCUCCAUCAGCCAAUUGCAUGGCAGUCUGGUGGGCCAUCACCACUAGCCAAAGAGGUACACUCACGGGAUAACCAGCUGCCCAAAGAAUCCAACUUGAGGAACUCACAGCCUUCUAAGGACCUGGAAGAACUGAAACAGCGGGUGGCCCACAUCCUGGCCAUGCACCCCGAGGGCAUGUCGCUCUUCCAGUUCCGUGCUGCCUACAGCACUGCCUAUCAGCAGCACCUGCCGCUUGGCAAUGCUUCCUCUGCCAAACAGUGCCUGCUGGAGAUGCCUGAUAUUGUUCGUCUGGAGGGCUGUGGAGUCCAAACAUUGCUACUACCUGUGUCUGCUAAAGCGUCACCUGUCAAAUCCAGUAAGUGCUUUUCAUUUGCAGCGUCUUUUGCUCUCUUUAUUAUGAUUUUCAUAUUGUUUGCAAUAUAGAUCUAAUUUUUGCCAAGCACCAUGAGACUUUUGGGGGGAAGGGGGGUGGGUUUGGGAUGGGUUUUCGGAAGACUUCUGUGUGUGAAUUUGUUUGGUGUGUGGAGAUCAGUGCACGGUGACCAAUGCACUGUCUUCACAGUAAGGCUCUAUUCUGAUGGCAUAAGUAUCACCAUGACUGGCAGAUUCUUAUUAUCUGCUGCAGCCUUCAUCCGCCUUCACAGCCAUUGUAACAUACUGCUUGUUAUCUUCUGCCUGUUCUGCUGCCGAAGACUUCUUGGAUCAUUCUUUGUCUAGCUUCUGCCCUUUGACCACGUUGGGUGACCCAACUGGGAGUGUGACUCCCAAUGGCAUUGCUCACAAGGAUCAUGGGAACAUGCAAGCCCACUCACCAUGACAAGGUCAUGAUCAUGUGAGUGAAUUGGUCUCCACAGUCACUUACUGAUACACCGUUAAGACCACAUUCAUGGAAGACACUCUUGCUUGGCUAGGAGUGAUCACCAAAGAGAAAGAAAUAUCUAGUUUAAAAAUGAACAAACAGUUCCCCUGCUAACAGCAUCUAGAUUCCCAAGCUUACUCCAGUCUUUCCAUAUGAGGCUUCAAGAAAGAACCACCUGACCUUUCUGUUUCCCCCCUCCUGUUUCUAACUGCAGUUGUUACCCUUCUCUCUUAACAGUAAAUAUUGUUGUUGUUUCAGAUCAGCCUGUCCCAUCUGAAGUGGAAAAUGCCGCAGUGGCUGCUUGUCAGUCACUGCCCAAAACGAUGGCAGCAGCUGAACCUUUAGUAAGUCCCAAGCCUGCCCCUCUUCCCAAGGCUCCAGGGGUACCACAGCUCCACUCCACUUUCCUCCGGACUUCAGAUCCCCUCGAACAGCAAGGUGAUAAGGAGUCCUGCAUUCUACCCAAGGGCCAUCUCAAGGAGAUACCAAAAACAGUAUCUCCUUUGCAAGAGCACGAGAGGGCCACAGCCAAUUCGAGAGAUAUUUCAGGCCAUCCUGAUUUGUCCAAAGUGCAAGACUCUGCAGUGACUCCUGACCACUCCCCACCUAAAAUCAAGCCUUUGGUUGUUCCCAAGUUUUCUCUAAAGACUGCACUUCGCAAGCCUCAGCCCCAUCUCUCUCUCCUCCAGCCUUCUGAAUGUCUUGGACCACCAGCCAACAAGGAAAUUAGUACUUUACCUGGGACUCCCAAACCAGUAGCUCCUGUGGGAGAGAUGACACUCAAGCUGAUAGACACUCCCAACUCUCCUGUAGUUUACCCAGUGGAUUCCCAAGCCACCAGAAGGGAUGAGAAUUUGAAAUCUGACAGCAUUGGCUCCAGGCCUGCACAUCUGGUUAACCAUUGGUUUUUUAACAAUAAUACACCACCUCCCUCCAUCUUUCAGCCUGUCUCUACGGGUCCUGGAGCAUGGGCUCAGCCAGUUGUAUACCCGCCUGUCACAUUUAUUCCAGAGAUGCCUCCUCUCUACCCAGCACCAUUCAUACCAGUUUCUGUAAAACCCUCUGGGAUACAGUUUCAGAAGACUCCACCGCAGACUCUGCCUGCCCAACCUGUGCCUCCAGCCAGCCAGACUCAGCCUCCCACCCAAAUUCAGCAGCAGAGGUCCUAUGCUUCUGCAGUUUUGGGACAAGAUUCCAUUUUUCAGGAGCAGGUACCACCCAGAACCGCAGGACUCCCCCAUAGUUUGACUCCCGCAGGGACGUUUCCUACUUCCUUAUCUUCUCAAAAUGCAGCUAGCCUCCGCUCACCCAAAUCUCGGACUGUCCACCAAUCAGAAUGCCACCACCGUACAUGGCUAGAUGGUCUGCAGCACAGUUCUGUCCCUGUGGCAGAUCAAAAUCUUGUGGCUGCGCUCUCAAACAAAGUACCUUCUAAGUCUCCAACAUCCACACAUUGGGGGAAGUAUGGUGGUGUGGACUCUCCUGUAACCUCAAGCAUGCAGCCGCUCAGUUCUCUGUCUGCUUCUACAAACGCAACCCAGCAGUCCUCUGGAUCUUAUGCUGCUGUUAGUCCCGGCAGUAAUUCUGACGCUCUGCCUUCUGACUCUUGGCCCUUGGUGCAUCAGCAAAAAAUUAUUAGCAAGAACUAUGCCAUAAGCUCCUCAAGCACAGGACCUGCAAGCUCACCACCUUCCCCUCUAGAAACCACCACCACGCCACCUCUGCAGCCGCCGGGCACCUCUUCUUGGAUCAAUGGUAAUUCUGAUGCUCUGUGCUCCGAGUCUUGGGCCCUCAUCAGCCAGCAACGGUAUGUUAGUGUGACCUCAAGCACAAGAUCAGCACACCCAUCCCCUUCCCCUCUGGAAACUAUGACCACCCUAUCCUGGCAGCCCUCAUCAUAUACUUCACCUGGAACAAACAGAAAUUUGGAUGCAUCUAAGUCUCAGGCCCUCAUGCACCAACACCAGCAUGCUAGUGUGAACUCCGUGACCACUGCAAGCCCACAAUCGGCGAAAUCACCACCUUCCCCUCGAGAAACCAGCACCCCAUCCCUGCAGCCCUCCUAUGCUUUUCAUGCCAGCAUGGAUUAUGGUUCUCCUAGCCAAAAUCUGCCCACGGUUUCCAAAGAAGCUGAGCAGAAGCAGGGCAGUCCUCGUGCCUCUUUGCUAGGAAAACCAACAACUUAUUCAAUUACUCCCCCGAGCAGUCCUCCUCCCAAAAACUUUGAUAAAUGCAUUCUCCUGUAA